AUGGCUUCCGUUUCGUCCUUAGACAAGGACUUGCGCAAAAUGCGCCUCGACAAGUACACCCCAGCCGCCGCGAACGAGGCGCGAUCAUGGAUCGAAGGCAUAUUGGGCGAGCGACUACCUUCGGGCGACCUGUUAGAGUCGCUCAAGGAUGGUGUUGCGCUCUGCAAGCUCAUCAACCUCGCCAUACCGCCGCCGGGGAUCAAGUACAAGCAGUCUGCCAUGCCAUUCGUACAGAUGGAGAAUAUUUCACACUUUCUUCGCGCUUGCAAAGCGCCACCGCUGAACCUCCAGGAGCACGAUGUUUUCUUGACCGUUGACCUCUACGAGUCCAAAGACCCAGCUCAAGUGCUGCAGUGCCUGGGUGCCUUCAGCCGGGCUGCGAACAGUGUCAACCCGUCCAACUUUCCGUCAGCCAUUGGGCCACGAUCAAGUCGCAGCGGUGUUAUGAGCCCCCAGAGCACAGGUCCUUCGACUCCGACUGGCCCAGGUGCGGCGCGUGGGCGAGGGAUCUCCAACGCCAGCAACACAUCGUCUAUAUACGGCACGCGGCAGCCAUUGGUCGCAUCCAAGACUGGUGAUUCGGGAUCUGGUCGCUGGAGCCCUACUAAAAGCCCUACGCAGAACGGAUCGAAAUCGCCAUCAGUCAGCAGCUGGAGCAGGAGGGAGCACGAAGGCGCCACCUCGCCAGCAUGGAACAUCGCCCAGUAUGGGUAUAUGGGUGGCGCAAGUCAAGGUAACCUCGGAAUUGCUUUCGGUGGACGACGACAGAUCACUAGUGCUGGUCCUCACGUCCCUAACCUGGCGGAGAAGGAGCGCCUCCGGAAGGAAAAGGCAGCAGAGGAGGAGAGACAACGACAGCAAAUGGAGGAGGAGGAAGCUCGGCGGAGGGCAGAACUAGAGGCCGAGGAAGAGCGAGCACGGCUUGAAGAGGAGAGACGGUGGGAAGAGGAGACGAGGAAAUUGCGCGAAGAGGAGAAACGCAAGGCUGAGGAAGAGCAGCGUAGGUGGGAAGAGGAAGAGCGCCAGUGGAAGAUUACAGAAGAGAAUAGGCGUAAGGAGGAGCAGGAGGCUGAGGCGCGACUCGCACAAGAGCGCUCACGGUCUAGAAGCAAGAGUGACGCUCGCCUGCGCGGCCAGUUCCUGAGCCAAUAUCAAGCUGAGCAAGGAGAUUCGCCAAAUCCUACAGGAGAAAACGGAGAGUACAGCAGCCGUAUCAAAGAGCUUGAGAAGGAGUUGGAACUUGCCCGUCAAAGGGAGGCUGAUUACGAGCGGGAACGCCAAGAGCGUUCAAGAAAGCCCGUCGAGUCCAAGUCGAGGGCGCGCUCACGCAGCCGUCCUGCUAGACCACCAAGCAGACAGGAUUCCUGGAGCAGGGAUGAGCGUGAGUUCCUUCGGACUCAGCAUCAACAAUACCAACAACCGUCUGUUGAGGCGGCCCCACCGCCUCUUCCACGGCCACUCCCUGAUCCUGCUAUGGCAGCUGCUCCAGCAAAGGUCAAGACACAUCGGACGGGCGAGUCGACGCCGAAAGUGAAGAGCCAUAAUACGGGCGGUUCACGACCGCUACCAGACCCGUCCGCUUACGCAUCACCCCCACAGCCUUCAUCUUCGCCGAACAUGAACCGCUCGUUUGCGUCACCACCUCAGGCAUCAGUUUCACCAAACAUGAACCGGACGGAGCGCUAUCUAGCCUCAAACCCGGCCCCAGUACAAAAGGCUCCUCCGCCGACAUAUUCCCGUGAGCUUGGUGCUACCGCUGAACGGGAUGCCGAGGAUCGUCGCCGAGCACAGUCACAGCAGAACACCAAGGCGGGCGGCUGGGCCUCGAAGUCUUUGCUCGAGCGUGAGAUGGAAAUGGAGCGCCAAAGGCAGCGUGAAUGGGAGGAGUCUCAGAAGGAGACUGCCAAGGCUGUGCGAAGUGGCGACGGCGUUGAUGGCAUCGGCGGUGGCGUAGGCGGGCGAUGGGAUGUGGGCCAGUGGUCUGGUUACACUGGAGGUGACAGCCAGAAUAAGGGUGGGCAAGGAAUAGGUGCUGGUCGACGGCAGAUAGUAGGUCCUCGACCUCUGCCGGGCUCGGGCCGUUGA